CCUUCCAAACCUAUUUUAAGUCAUGUCUUUCGAUAAAACUGCCAUCAAGAACAACAUUAUUCCUCACGAAAAGGAAGACUUUGUCUACACUUAUGGUACUGCCGGUUUCCGUUCAAAUGCCGAAGUCUUGGGCUCUGUCAUGUACAAGGUUGCCAUCUUGGCUUCUUUGCGUUCCAAGAAGCUCAACGGCUCUACUAUCGGUGUCAUGAUUACUGCUUCUCACAAUCCCGAAGAAGAUAACGGUGUUAAGCUUGUUGAUCCUCGUGGUGAAAUGUUGGAACAAUCAUGGGAAGUGUAUGCUACCAAGCUUGCUAAUGCAAAGGACGGCGAGUCUCUCUUGGCUGUUGUGGAUGAAGUCGUUGCUCAAUACAAGAUUGAUCUCGAUGUUCCUGCUAAUGUUAUUUACGCAUAUGAUACCAGACCUAGUUGUCCCCAUUUGGUAAAGUGUCUUGAACAAGGUCUCGAAGCUUCCGGUGCUAAAUCCAUCAACUUUGGAUUAAAGACCACUCCUAUGCUUCAUUACCUCGUGCGCUGCAUCAACACUGCCGGUACCAGCGAUGCUUAUGGUGAGCCCACUGAAGAAGGUUAUUACAAGAAAUUGACUGCUGCCUUUGCCACUGCCGUUAAAGGAAAGCCUCGUUUGUCUACUUUGCAUGUUGAUUGUGCUAAUGGUGUAGGUGCACCCAAGCUCCGUGAACUUCUCAAGUUCAUCUCCUCCGAUGUUUUAUCUGUUGAUAUUGUGAAUGAGAACACCACCACUUUGGGUCAAUUAAACAAGAACUGUGGUGCUGAUUACGUAAAGACCAAUCAACGUGCUCCUCCCAGUAUCUCCAUCACUGCUGGAGACAGAUGCUGUUCUUAUGAUGGCGAUGCCGAUCGUAUUGUCUUUUACUAUGUGACUGAAGAUGGUACUUUCAGACUUUUGGAUGGUGAUAAAAUUGCUGGUCUUGCUGCUGUUUUCAUCACCGAUCUCGUGCAUGAAGCCGGUAUUGAUUCUAUCAAGGUCGGUGUUGUUCAAACUGCUUAUGCUAACGGUAGUUCCACAAACUACCUCACAAAGGUCUUGAAUGUGCCUGUUUCUUGCGUCUCUACUGGUGUAAAGCAUCUUCAUCAUGAAGCUGAAAAGUACGAUGUUGGUGUUUAUUUCGAAGCCAAUGGCCAUGGUACUGUUCUUUUCAGUCCUGAUGCUCUCAACACAAUUAAGACUGCUGAAGCCAAGACCCCUGCCCAAAAGCAAGCCAUUGCCCAACUCUCUUCUUUGACCGAAUUGAUCAACCAAACUGUGGGUGAUGCCAUCUCUGAUAUGCUUUUGGUUGAGGCUAUUCUUACCAGCCGUCAAUGGAGUUUUGAAGAAUGGGAUCAAGCCUAUACCGACCUUCCUAACCGUCUUGUCAAGGUGGUUGUUUCAGAUAGACAUAUCUUUAAGACUACCAAUGCUGAGCGUCAAUUGGUUGAACCCGCAGGUCUCCAAACAGAAAUUGAUGCUCUUGUUGCAAAGUACAGUAACGGUCGUUCAUUUGUUCGUGCUUCCGGUACUGAAGAUGCUGUUCGUGUUUAUGCCGAAGCUGCCACCCGUGCCGAAACUGACGAUCUUGCAUUCAAGGUUGCACAACUCGUUUACGAUCGUGCUGGUGGUGUUGGUGCUCGUCCUUAAAUAUCCAUAUACAUUUAUAUAAAAAAAUAGCAAUUAGCUCUCAUAUACAUCCGAAAAAAAAAAGAAACAAUUUACCCCUCACACACACACACACACACACACACUUUUCAUACAAACAGACAAAAAAAGUAGUAUUCAAUAAACUUGUACUCAUCACAAUUUUGGCGUUACAAAAAUCGUACUGUACUUCCAGUCUCAAUUUACCGAAUGUUUAAAA